AUGGAUCCCAACGCGAUGCACAUCCAGAUGCCCACGACAACCAAAGCAUCCUCCUCUCAGGAGGAUACGAAGCCACGGCCGAUAAACGUCGCCACGGCGACACCGCCGGCGGACAAGACGCUGUCGAGCGCGUCGGACCUCCUGAAGCUCCUGCCGACCGGCACCGUGCUGGCCUUCCAGGCGCUGGCGCCGUCCUUCAGCAACCAUGGCGUGUGCCACGCGGUCAACCGGUACCUCGUCCUGGCACUCAUCACCGCCUGCGCUGUGUCUUGCGUGCUGCUGUCCUUCACCGACAGCCUCGUCGGCUGCGACGGCAAGCUCUACCAUGGCGUGGCCACCUUCUGGGGUUUCUACCCGUUCAACUUCACGGGCACGCGCGCCGAGCGGGAAGCGACGUUCAAGGACCUGUCCCGGUUCCGGAUCACGGCGCUCGACUUCGUGCACGCGUUCUUCUCGGCCCUCGUGUUCCUGGCGGUGGCGCUCGCCGACGCCAGCAUACAGGGGUGCCUCUUCCCGGACUCCGGGCAAGACGUGCGGGAGCUGCUGGUGAACCUGCCGCUGGGGGCAGGCUUCCUGUCCAGCAUAGUUUUCAUGAUCUUCCCCACAACUAGGAGGAGCAUCGGUUACACGGACAUGGCGCCCCACGCGCAGUGA